AUGGGGAUUUUGGGAGUGAUUCUGAAGAAUCCAGAUGAUUUGUAUCCGUUGCUGAAGCUCAAAAUCGCGGCGAGGAACGCCGAGAAGCAGAUCCCGCCGGAACCACAUUGGGGAUUCUGUUACUCUAUGCUUCAUAAAGUUUCUAGAAGCUUCGGUCUCGUUAUUCAGCAGCUUCGUCCCGAGCUUCGUGAUGCCGUUUGUAUAUUCUAUUUGGUUCUUCGUGCUCUUGAUACAGUUGAGGAUGAUACUGGCGUAGAGACAGAUGUCAAGGUUCCAAUACUAAUAGCUUUUCAUCGCCAUAUCUAUGAUCAUGAUUGGCACUUUGGAUGUGGCACAAAGGAGUACAAAGUUCUAAUGGACCAGUUUCAUCACGUUUCAACGGCUUUUCUGGAACUUGGAAAGAAUUAUCAGGAUGCAAUUGAAGACAUUACCAAAAGAAUGGGUGCUGGAAUGGCCAAAUUUAUUUGCAAGGAGGUAGAGACAAUCGAUGACUAUGAUGAAUAUUGCCACUAUGUGGCAGGACUUGUUGGGCUUGGUUUAUCAAAACUUUUCUACGCCUCUGGUACAGAGGAUCUGGCAACAGACGACCUUUCAAAUUCAAUGGGUUUGUUUCUUCAGAAAACCAACAUUAUUCGAGAUUAUCUAGAAGACAUCAAUGAGAUACCAAAGUCACGCAUGUUUUGGCCACGGCAGAUCUGGAGUAAAUAUGUUAACAAACUUGAGGACUUGAAAUACGAGGAAAACUCCGUUAAGGCUGUGCAAUGCUUAAACGACAUGGUCACUAAUGCUUUGCUGCAUGCUGAAGAUAGCUUAAAAUACAUGUCUGCAUUACGAGACCCUUCUAUAUUUCGCUUUUGUGCUAUUCCUCAGAUAAUGGCAAUUGGAACACUUGCGUUAUGCUACAACAACAUUGGUGUCUUCAGAGGUGUAGUUAAAAUGAGGCGAGGUCUAACUGCCAAAGUGAUUGACCGAACAAAGACUAUGACUGAUGUCUAUGGGGCUUUCUUUGAUUUUUCUUCCGUGUUGGAGUCCAAGGUUGACAAAAAUGAUCCCAAUGCAACAAAAACAUUGAGCAGGCUGGAAGCUAUACAGAAAACUUGCAGAGAAUCUGGUCUCCUAACCAAAAGCAGGAAAUCUUAUGUCGUGGGGAAUGAGAGCGGAUAUGGCCUGACCAUGAUUUUCAUACUGGUCAUCUUGUUUUCCAUCUUUUUUGCUCAUCUCUCUGCCAACCAUCAUAAUAAUUGA